GAUUGUGGCAAACUCCAUUGUGACGGCUCUGAGCGCGUUGGCGGUUUGUUUUAUGACGAUCUGGAACUCCUCACGUUAUCUCAACCUCACAUCACUCAACUUAUUCUGUCCCAGCGCCAGCUUCUGUGUAGAUCAAACACAAAUCAAACCUGGUCCGUUAGCCUUUUUGACUCUGCUUGGGCACCACUGAGGAUCCUUCCAGACCUGCCCACCACCAUGUCCACUCUCCAGAAGGCCAUCAAAGUAGAAAGGGACAGCGACAACGAGGGGGACCCGCACUCUGCAGCGGCCGAGCUGAACCCGGCCGAUCAGAAGGGAUUAGCCCAGACCACUGAGAAAUCUCAUAACAGGUCUCCAGUUUGCGACCAGACGGCAUCGGGCGACUCGGAACUGAGGACAAUAUUGGAAGAAAAUGCCUUGCAAGCACUGACCGAGGAGUCGGUUUUAAAAAGACCCAGGCUUGUCUACUAUGAAGAGGUAGGUGACACUGACCUUAUGUCACUCACCUUCCCGAAAAAACUCUGGAAAAUCGUUGAGAGCGACCAGUUUGCAUCAAUCCGGUGGGACGAUGGUGGAAACUGUGUAGUUAUAGAUGAGGAGUCCUUUAAGAAAGAGGUGCUGGAACGGCGCGGCCCCUCUAGGAUUUUUGAAACUGACUGCAUGAAAAGUUUCAUUCGGCAGCUGAACCUGUAUGGUUUUAGCAAAAUCCGCCAGGACUUUCAACGAUCUGCCUCUCUUUCUGAAUUCAUUGCUGAAGAAAAAGGAGCAGUUUCAAUGACCAAGUUUCAGUUUUACCAUAACCUGAAUUUCAGAAGAGAUUACCCUCACCUGCUGCCCAGAAUGAAGCGGAGAGUUGGGAUCAAAAGUGCCAUUCCUAAUCUUAACUGCACGGAAGGGGAUACCAGUAGUGACUUCCCUGUCAGUGGGGGCCCCUCCUUACCCGGAGGGCCCAGGCAACUAAUACAGACAUUAGCUGUACAGCAGAGCAACCUCGUGUCACCUACGAGAGAAAAUGAGCAAAAGUUUGCAUUCGAAAAUAACCUCGGCAAUCAACGAGUCGCCAAUACCGGGAGCACAAAUGGUUCUGGCAAUGCGGUUCCACCUGCCUUGGCAGCGAGGCCAGCCGACCAUGCAUCUACAGAGCAGAGCGCAAAGGUGAACCAAAUGACUCAGUUUCACCCGUCGCAACACGGUGGCCUCAUCCGGUCUGGCAAUCACGCUGUGGAGACCAGCAGUACCACUUCAGCGACCUCGGUCUACCAUCUCAUGCCCCCCAUGGCUGCUGGGUUUGGACCUAUGAUGGGCAUGCCAGGGUUCCAGGGCAUGUACCCAGACCUGGCUGCAGCAGCCGCACAGGCCCACCUGGCCAGCCUGCUGCCAUUCUGCAACCCCUGGUUCUCCAUGCCCAUGAUGGCGGCAGCUUCUGCUAUUUCCAUGUCAUCGGGGUCCUCAGUUCAUCACCACCGGCCUCCACCGCACCAUCACCACUGCCCCAACUGCAACUGCCAAGGAGGCAGUGCCUCGUCCACAAGAAAUGGCCCCAGAAACAGUGAUUAUAUGACAGGGCCACACAGAUAAAAGUAAAUAAAACCAUGAAGACUCCUUACCCACAAAUGAUAUCUAAAGAACAUGUUAAAAUAAACUCCUGAACAAAUGUUCUUAUCAACAUUGGUGUAUUUGCUUGUGAUUUUUUUCCCCUGUUCUCUUCCUCUGUUUUUUGUUCUGUCCACUUUGGUGCCUGCCGUUAAAAAAAAUCAUUCAUUAUUUUUCCUGGCAAAAAUGGGUGCAUCGUGAAAUGGAUAUGUGGUGACUGUAAAGAAGCAUUACUGUUUAAUUAUUAAAGAUGAAACAGUGCUAGGCUGAGCUUAGACUGAAAUAUAACCUGCAACUGGUUUAUUUUUAUGGACAUUAAAAUAUUGUUAAAAAGCUGUAUUCCUGAUUUGUAUAUCUAUUGCAACCUGUUGCCCCUCUGGAAGGGGGUCUGCAAGCUGUAAGAAUAAGAAAGAAAAUAAUAAAAUACUAAGAAAAGAAAAUCUGGAGUGAUUUGACAGUUGCCUCUCCACGUUUAAAUUGAUAGAGUAAACUCAUUCACCAUUCCCAGUUUCUGCUUUUUAAAAAAGCCUUUCUCAACUUUGCCUUUCACUCCCAGAGAAUUUGGUUCUACCUGGUCGAAUGAUUAAUCUGAAACAUGAAAGGGGAACGGAACGGUAUGGCCAUAGUUGUUCUCACCAUUCCAUUAAAAUCAGAUUAUCAUGGCCACUUCUUAGGAUCCUAGUGUUGGAUGGACUGGCUCAAUG